UCGGCCGCAGCACCGCCGCCAUCCGCCCGCCGCCCGCGGCACGCCGCAGCCACCAGCCCAGACUCCAGUGCCGUCCCCCGUCCACCAUGCAGCCCGGUCUUAAGUACGGCAUCGUGCUGGGCGUCGGCCUGGGCCUGCUGGUGUUGGGCUGUGUGCUCGGCUGGUACGGCUUCCCCACCAUCAUCGACAACAUGAUUGAAGAGCAAAUGGUACUGACGACGGACUCCGAAAGUUUCGACCCGUGGCAAUCACCUACAUCCCAGAUCGACGUCUACAUGCAGUUCAUCGUGUUCAAUGUUACAAACGGUGACGAUGUCAGAGACAACGGCUCAAAGCCCAUAGUGGAAGAAGUGGGGCCGUUCUCCUACAAAGAAAAUAGACAGCGUGGAAACCUGAUCUGGUCUCAAGACGGAACCCAGCUGACGUACAACGAGAUCAUCACUUACGAGUUCGAUAGCGCUACGUCCGGAGAAGGCCUGAGCGAGGACACGACCAUCGUCACCAUCAACGCUCCCAUGCUGGUCGUGGCUACGAUGGGCGAUUCUCAGCCCCCGGCGCUUCGGAAUUUGUUGUACAACAUCAUCAAUUCCAAGGAGCGAGGCCAGAGCUUCAUGGCGUACAAGGCAGGCGAGCUGCUGAUGUCAGGCGUGGACGACCCGCUGUUCGCCUUCGUGGCGUCAGCUUUACCCCAGCUCCUGCCGCCCAGCUACAGUGAUGGAUUGUUCAGGCUCUACGCGUUCAACAACACCAUAGACGGCCCGUACACAGUACUCACCGGCAAAAAUGACAUCAACCACUUCACCUACAUCCAGUCAUACCAAAACAGCCCCAAGUUAAGCUACUGGGGUACCCCAUACUGCAACGAGAUCAACGGCACCGACGGCAUCACCUACCCCCCUCACACGGACGACGUCCAGAGAGUCUUCAUCUUCAACAAGGAUCUGUGCAGGUCGAUUUAUCUGGAUUAUGAAAAGGACGUCGAGUACUUCGGCAUCACCGGUCGCCGGUUUGUGCCGCCCCGUGAGGUGCUGGAGGACCCGGCUGUCAACAAGGACAACCAGUGCUUCUGCAUCCCCGCUGGCAAUUGUCUGAAGGCGGGAGUCUUGUCGCUCAGUCCUUGCCAGUACGGUGCACCGAUCGUAGCCUCCACCCCACAUUUCUACAACGGAGACCAGUCAUAUGUUGAUGCAGUCAUCGGAAUGUCUCCGGACAAAGUCCGACACGAGACAUUCAUCGACAUCGAGCCCAUGACUGGAUUGGCCUUGAACGGUGGCAAGAAGAUCCAGAUCAAUCUGCAGUUGAAGCAAUACCCAAAAGUGCACGGUUUGGAACAUAUACCGGAGAUCCUGUUCCCGCUCAUUUACACGAAUGAGACUGCCACGAUCGACCAGAAGGGCGCCGACGACUUCGAUCACCAGCUGAAGCUGCCGCUGAAGCUGCUGAAGGCCGCCCAGUGGGUGCUCAUCUCGGUCGGCAUUGUCAUGAUGCUGAUUUCAGUGGCUCUCUGGUACAGAAACCGCUCAAGACUCACGACGGUGUGAAAUGGGGCAUCGUUUUCUAGUCUACUCAUCGUCAAUGUCGCAAGAUGAAGAGUCCACACAGACAAGGCGUCAUCGAUGCAGCUCGGCCCAACGCACGCACGAGUGCUGUAAAAGACGGCCUGGCGGGCAGCGCUGGGGAUGAGUGCCGACGCUAGCGCCAUGUUG